AUGCCUCUUGAUGCCCUCAUUAUUCUGGAUCCUAUAAGACCAAUAGUGGGGAGCGGACCGUUGUUGGAAAUUGAUGAAAGUGAUGAGGAUCCUGUGGGUAUCACACCAACAGGAACGGCUGCGCACGUACGGUGGAACGACCUGAGGCUGGUCUGUGCGUUGUCGCCGCCGACAGACCCUCUUGUCGGAUUCGCGUUUCUUCGCGCCUUCAUCGACGUGCUCACGAGUUAUUUUGGACCAAACACGUCGGCGGCGACGAUACGCGACAACUUUGACAUCGUCUACGAACUCCUGGCUGAGGCUCUCGACGCAGGUCAUCCGCUCACAACCUCCCCCAAUGCGCUGAAGGACAUUGUCAUCCCACCUUCCCUGCUUUCUUCUCUGCUUCCAACAUCUACCACCCUACCGAAACCAUUUUCAUCUCCAAUUCCAUGGCGUCGCGCACCGCCAGUUCGACAUUCAUCAAAUGAGAUUUAUUUUGACCUCGUCGAGUCACUAGACGGAGUUAUCAGCCGCUCAGGGCAUGCAACGAAACUCAUCACGACGGGCGUGCUCCGAGUGAAUGCGCUACUAUCUGGCACCCCAGACUGUUUGUUGACCUUCACGAAUCCUAACCUGAUAACACAGCCAUCCUUUCACCCAUGCGUCCGCCUCGCUCGUUGGUCAGCGAACCGCUCACUUUCAUUCGUACCGCCUGAUGGCCGCUUUGUGCUUAUGGACUAUGAAGUCGUUACACCGCCUGCGCUCCCCUUGAGCGUCAAGAUCCACGUCAACAUGGAGGAAGGCAAGGCGGAGAUUACCCUGACACCUCAUCUUCCACUCGAGUCUCUUCUUCUCUCUCUUCCCCUUGGAAACGUUUCUGGUCUGCGUGCGACUGGUGCACCUUGGUCGUGGGACUCUCAAGCUCGCAGGCUUAAGUGGGACAUCCAUUCUCCACCUAAAAAUUCAAGAUAUGUGUUGAAUGCGGCCUUUACUGCGGAUAAAAGUGUUCGCUUAACGCAUGUACUCACCACUUCCUUCAUUAUUGCGAACGUCGCGAACGGUUCGACCUUCUCUGGAUUACGGGUCGGAAAAUUUUCUGUGAGCGAAGAGUACAUGCCCUACAAAGGUGUGAGGGGACGUGCAGAAGGCAAGAUCGAGUGGCGAUGGUAA